GGCUUCUGGGAUUCGUAGUUCCGGGGCUGGCUGAGGCCUGCCAGCCUUGCCCCGCUCCUUCUUACGCAUGCGCGACUCCGAGCUGGCCCAAGAAGUUCGUAGCCUUUGUCAGGCCCGGGAUGGGAGGUUCCAGCCUCGCGGCACCGAGCCAGGCUCGAGAGUGAGGAAGAAACCCGACCCGACCAGAUCGAAACCUUUCAGCGGAGCCCCCCGAGGGAAGGCAGGAGGGAGGACGACGAGGCCACGGAGGCUUCUCACUGUUCGGCCCGGAGAAGUCUGAACUGGCGGGGGAGAUCGGAACCGGGAGCAGGUGGUGAUCAUGGAGACCGAUGUGCACGAGAAGAGAGCUCUGUCUUCCCAGGAUGCUCCCCUUUCCCAAGAGCGGAGCACAGAAGAGGGGGAAGUGGCAGCUCUGCGACUCACAGCUAGAUCCCAGGCAUCAGUGACAUUCAAGGAUGUGGCCAUGGACUUUACCCCAGAGGAGUGGGGGAAGCUGGAUCCUGCCCAAAGGGAGGUGAUGCUGGAGAACUAUAGGAACCUGGUGUCGCUUUGGCUUCCAGUUUCCAAAUCUGAGAACUACAGUUUGGAGAGCGGAAAAGAACCACUGAUGCUUGAGAGAAAAGCCCCCAAAAGCAGCUAUUCAGACCUGGAGGCUAAACCCGAGGGCAAAGAUUCAACUUCAGCGCAAGAUAUUUCCAAAGAAGAAUCAUGCCAAGCCGCAGUAAUAGACAGACUGACAGGAAACGGUGUCUAUGACUCCAGCUUGGAAACAACUCUUGAAUGUGAAAAUUGGUUAGAGAAUCAGCAAGGAAAUCAGGAGAGACCCUUGAGAGAAAUGUUCACCCAUGUGAAUUCACUCCCCGAAGAAGGAGCUCAUGAGCAUGACGUAUAUUGGAAAAACUUUGGUCAGAAGUCUGUUCUUCUCACUCAAGACAGAGUUCCCAAAGGAUCCUAUGCCUUCCACACACUUGGAAAAAGGUUGAAACCGAAAUCAAACUUAAUGAAAAAGCAAAGAACCUGUAAAGAGAAAAAACCUCAUAAAUGUAACGAUUGCGGGGAGCUCUUCACUUACCAUUCAGUGCUUAUUCGACACCAGAGAGUCCAUACUGGAGAGAAACCCUAUAGCUGUAAUGAAUGUGGGAAAUCUUUUAGCCACAGAGCUAAUUUAACUAAACAUCAGAGAACUCAUACCAGAAUUCUCUUUGAAUGCAGUGAAUGCAAGAAGGCCUUCACAGAAAGCUCAUCCCUCGCGAUACAUCAGAGAAUUCACAUUGGGGAGAGACCGUAUGAAUGCAAUGAAUGCGGAAAAGGUUUUAAUCGAAGUACACAUCUGGUACAGCAUCAGUUGAUUCAUACUGGAGUGAAGCCGUAUGAAUGUAAUGAAUGUGAUAAAGCUUUCAUUCAUUCCUCAGCUCUUAUUAAACAUCAAAGAACUCAUACUGGAGAGAAACCCUACAAAUGUCAGGAAUGUGGGAAAGCCUUUAGCCACUGCUCAUCCCUUACUAAACAUCAGAGAGUUCAUACUGGAGAAAAGCCAUAUGAAUGUAGCGAAUGUGGAAAAACCUUUAGUCAGAGCACACAUCUUGUUCAGCAUCAGAGAAUCCAUACUGGAGAGAAACCCUAUGAGUGUAACGAAUGUGGGAAAACCUUCAGCCGGAGCUCAAAUUUUGCUAAACAUCAAAGAAUUCAUAUUGGAAAGAAACCGUACAAAUGUAAUGAAUGUGGGAAAGCCUUCAUUCAUUCAUCAGCUCUUAUUCAACACCAGAGAACUCAUACUGGAGAGAAGCCUUACAGAUGUGACGAAUGUGGGAAAAGCUUUAAGUGCAGUUCAUCCCUCAUCAGACAUCAAAGAAUUCAUACUGAAGAGCAACUCUGAAAAAUUACUGAAUGUAAAGAAAUGGCUAGAAAACUAAACCCAAUGCAUUCAUCUCUAUCAAGUUCCACCUGUAAUACCUAUAAAUAUGGAUGAAUUCCUCUCCUUUUGCGGUUCCCCAGAUCUGUUACAGCUCCUGUUCUACCGGAGAGUGACCUUCUUUUCGACUUGUAGGGCUGGGAUCUUGAAAGCCAUAGCAUAGGUACCAUAGACAUUUCCUAGACGGCUUCUCUAGGUAUUGAUUCUAUAUAUGAAAUAAAACAUUCUUCCUUAAUGGUGGACUGCUCAUGGCUGAGCAGGAUAGAUUCUUAAAUAUAACUCCAAAGCUGUGUUUGCAUAAUUGAUUUGUUCAGUUUUAUCUUGGUAAAAAGGAGGACGAAUGCUUUUUGUAGUUACUCUAUACAAAUAACUGCAUUGUUAUGAAAAGAAAAUAGAGUCCAUAAAAGUAUAUGCUCCUUAAUUCUGAGUGAUAAUGAGAACAAAAUCCCAUUUAAGCUUUAAAUUUUCACACUUUAAGGGAUAUUUUAUUUCCAUUUGCAAAGGCACAGUCUACUAAAUUGAGCGUUAGAAACAGAUCAAGAAGAGAAAGGGCUUCCUCAUAUGUCUAUCAGAUAGAAUAUUUUUUAAAUUACCAAAAUGCUCUAAACAGAUAAUCACAAGUAUAUUUCAUCUAACAGGUCGUUCAUUCCUCCUCAAUUAACUCUUUGUCCUCCACUGAAUCGUCGGUUAACAGUCUGAUCUCAUGAAGUAACCUGCUUCCAGACAAAAAAAACAAAAACAAAA